AUGGAGAUGUGGUUCGAGUGCCUAGAGGAUGCUAGUCGAGUAUACUUCGGUGAGAAGGACACCAGCAAGAUGUUCCGGCUAAUGUAUCCCCUACAUCUCGUUAUGGAACGCGGCUCUGAGACGUCCAACGAGGCUGCUUUCUUGCAGGAGUUUGGCAAGGAGCUCAAUAAUUCACGAAUAUACUGUGAACGCUUUGAAAGCCAAGGGAUGGGUGCCGACUUGCAACAAGCUUGGGAUGGAUAUUACACCCUAUAUCGAACAGUAAGUGUCUAG